AUGCCGCGACCGAACGCUUGGGGUGGCCGAGAAUCGUGCCACCGGGGCGUUGCCGACCUGCACGCUGGACGCGCCACCAGAGGUUGCCUGCCCAGCCCUCCCUCCGAUGGAUCCCCAGCCUGCGCACUGGACGUGCUGCCAGAGAGCCCCUUGCCUGCCCUUUCCCCUCGAUCCCCCGGCCUCCGUGCUGGACGCGCCGCCAGAGAUUCCCCGGCCUCCACGCUGGACGCGCCGCUGGAGAGCCCCUGGCAGGCCCUCUCUCCCAUCGAUCCCCCGGCCUGUGCACUGGAUGCGCCGCAGCCGAAUGCUACUGGGGCGCCCAAAACCUGCAGUGUAGAGACGCUGUUAAGCGUUCAUCUUUUCGAAGGUGUGGAAGCGGCUGCUUCACCUCUGGUCCAGGGGAGGAUGAGUGGAAUGAGGGCGAUGAGGAACCACAUCAGCUAUUGCCAGAUAAGCCUGGGGAUCCCCCAGAAGCGCCUGUGCGGAGUUACUCCCGACACCGAAGGGGUUAAACCGCCGGAGCUGUUUCCUAGAGCGGCCGAGCGAGGGGGCGGGAGGGACGCGGAAGCGGAAAGGCUCCCUUCCGAGUGGGGGGGCGGGGCUGGAGGGAGGGAUUGCAAAGGGGCUUCAGCGAGGCAUCGGCAGGCCAAAGCCCCGCAGCCGGAUCCUGGGGCGGUCUACUCACGAAUGUGGGGACCAUCCCUGAAGAUGGAAGUGACGUUUUCCAAGGCAGAAGAAGCUCUGUUAGAGGAAGGGCAGCAGGCAGAGGCCCAGGAGCGUCUCCAAGAUGCCCUCUCACAAGGCAGUGUAGAGACGCUGUUAGGCGGUCAUCUUUGCAGAGGUGUAGAAGCGGCUGCUUCACCUCUGGUCCAGCCUGCGACCAUGUAUUCUUCCGCCAACUGUUCCAACCUGGAAUUAAAGUCUCCCGGUUCGGAGCUGCUUGAGACACUGGCUCCCCAGAAUCCUUGCAACAGCAGCAGCCAGGAGGCGAGAGGGAGCUUCUUCGACCCUGAGGUCUUGAACAUGACCGCAGAAGAGCUCCGGAUACGAUAUCUGGGGCCUCGGCGGUCGGGCUUCUUCGUCCCUGUCUGCACCACGUACCUCCUGAUCUUUGUGGUCGGCGCCGUGGGCAACACCUUGACCUGCCUGGUCAUCGUCCAGCACCGGGUCAUGAGGACGCCCACCAACUACUACCUGUUCAGCUUGGCGGUGUCGGACCUCUUGGUUCUGCUGCUGGGGAUGCCGUUGGAGAUCUACGAGAUGUGGAGCAACUACCCCUUCCUCCUGGGCGCGGGGGGCUGCUGUUUCAAGACGCUGCUCUUUGAGGCGGUCUGCUUCGCCUCCAUCCUCAACGUCACGGCGCUGAGCGUGGAGCGGUACAUCGCGGUGGUCCACCCGCUCAAAGCCAAGUACGUGGUGACCAAGACGCACGCCAAGAGGGUCAUUGCCACCGUCUGGACGCUCUCUGUCAUCUGCUCGAUCCCAAACACCAGCCUGCACGGCAUCCAGACCCUCUACGUGCCGGGCUGGGGGGUGGUCCCCGACUCUGCCACCUGCACCCUGGUGAAGUCCCGCCUGGUGUACAACCUCAUCAUUCAGGUCACGACCAUCAUCUUCUUCUUCAUCCCCAUGGGCAUCAUUAGCAUCCUCUACCUGCUCAUUGGCCUGCAGCUGAGGAAAGAGAAGAUGCUGGAAGCGCUGGAGGCCAGAUCCGAAAGCUUCUGUGACUACCACAACAUCCGCCUCCAGCAGAAGAAGGUCCGGCGGAGGCAGGUGACCAAGAUGCUGUUUAUGCUGGUGGUCGUGUUCGGGAUCUGCUGGGCGCCUUUCCACACGGACCGGCUCGUCUGGAGCUUCAUCACCCACUGGACCGACAGCAUGCUGCACAUGUUCCAAUACGUCCACAUCAUCUCGGGCGUCUUCUUCUACCUGAGCUCCGCCGCCAAUCCCAUCCUUUACAACCUGAUGUCCACACGUUUCCGCGAGAUGUUCAAGGACGUGAUGUGCCACGGGCGCUCCCGCAAGCUGGGCUCCCGCAAGUACUCGCCCAGCAGCACACAGGCCACCACGCGCAGCACCGUCUCCGAGCACAUCCCCGGGGGCAACGGGGUACCGCUUUCUGAUAUGGAGGAGGACGAUAUGGACGCCGAGGGGGAGAAUGAGGAGGAGUGCGAGGCCCAAUACCUCUGA